CCCGUCUCCUGUGGCCUCCUCCGAAUCUGGCCCGGUCCUUGGCACCGCAGUGACGUCCGGGGUCGCGCCCAUCCCCGCACAGCUUCCUGUUCUGUUCCCUUGCCGUGAAACGUAAAACCGGAGCCUCCGUUACCUCCCGGGGCAGGGUCAGUCCUGGGAGAGGCGUGUGGCCAAGAGGCCAGGGAGCAGGGCUGGCUGCCUCGCUGUCUGGACAGAUGAGGAUCCCCGCGAGCACCGGGGAAAGGGGAGCACGAAGCAUCUCACAGGUGAAGCGUCAGGAGCAGCUGUGGCUGCUGUGAGCAGAUGAGUUUAUCAGCAGGGCUGGUACGGAGCAGACGCCCGGGGCAGGCUGGAGGGCAGCCGUCCUCCCUGCCUACACAGGGCCGCAGCCCGGCCGCAGAGCUGGGCCCGAACCCUGUGGCUGGCCCUCCAGUGCCCUGCAGGCCCCCCCAGCCCCCCACCUCAGCCACCGCCCCAGCUGUGGGGAGGCCGGGAGGGGCAGGAUCUGGAUUUCCACCCUUGGGAUGGCAGUGGGCUCUGCCCCCAGCAGGGCUCAGGAGGCCGGGACCCCUGUGCAUCCCAGGCGGGGUCCCCACGGUGCAGCCCCGCGGGCGUGGCCUCUCCCUGGCCCGCAGCCGGAGUUCUCCAGUAGACGCCAGCGUGACGUGGGGUAUAGCACACGAGGGCAAGGCCACCGAGACACAGUAUGAGUCCCUGGAGCCCAGACUCCCCUGAGGGCGUGGUCUCCACCACAAUGGCCGUGUCAGCUGUGAACACAGGAGGUCGGACCCGUGCCUUGGUGCACGCGGCAGGGUGUCCCAGGGACCCGCACUCACCGGACGGACGCCUUGCCGCUCGGAGCUGCACGCCUGCUGGGAAGGAGGGCCCUCCGACCAAGGCCCCCAUGUUUUCGUAAACCACCAUCUCUCAAAUUCCAGAGCAUUCCAUCACCCCGAAAGGAAACCACCAAUUGGCCGCCACCUCCAGGCCCCCCUCCUCCCACCCUUGGAAACCACUCUGCUUUCGGUCUCCGCCGACGUCCCUGCCCUGGACAUUGUGUUCAAGUGGAAUCAUGCACUCUGCGGCCUUUUGGGCCUGGCGUCUCUCAGCACAGCUUUCAAGGGUCAUCCAUGUUGUAGUAGGUGUUAGUGGGGCCCUGCGGGUGACCUGCCCUCACCACAGACCCUACCGGGGCUCAGGCCACUCCUGGGGGUGUUGCGGCCAUGAAGCCGGGGCACCUGGGGCCUCCGUGCCAGGCCCUCUGCCUAAGGAAGCCGGCAGGAUCCCAGCCGAGACGCGCGGGCACUCCUGGUCAGAGUAACUGCCCAGCUGGCUGGGGCGGAGGGGGCUGGCUGCAGGCCUCAUGGGGGACUGUUGAUUCCCCGGAGAGAGAAAACAAAAGGCUGCUUCUGGAGGCCGCCUGGGCGGCAGUGCGGCAUGGCCAGCGUCCGUCGUCUACAGCGCUUUUCUACUGGAAGCUUCCCUCAGAACAAGGCCUGUGAGGGGCGCGUGCGUGCGCCGGUGGGCACUGUGCCAGCGCCCGCGCCUGCCUCGCGCUCCGCCCGCCGCCGUCUCUGGCGUGGCCACUCCCCCUCCGCGCCCACCUGGGCCCCCACCUGGGCUGGAGACCCUCCCAGUGAGGGCCGCUUUCCUGUCCCGGGUGCGCACAGGCAGGCUUACAGAGCGCUACUUAUCACAAGAGGCAUGAGUGCCCCGAACUCCAGGCCUGUUGAUCCGUCCCUCCGUGAAGACCAGGUGGGGGUCUGGGUCGGGGAGGGGACGACGCAGCAGUUUGGGGACAGGAGCGGGCCGAGGUGGGUUUAGGUGUGGAGAGGCCUGGCUGCCCCGGCCGAGGAUCGUGGCUGUGCAUGUUCACGUGGCGAGCGGGCCCUGAGUUUGUAGCUUUUACAGUUGUUCCAUGGAGCAGCGAUGCCCCUGAAGGAGGGCCAUUUCUCCAAAGUGUGAGCAGCUGAGUUCACCGGGCCCUGGGCCAGUCGGGAGGCCCUCACAACUGCAGACUUGGGGUGCCCUGGGAGGUGAGCGCCUGCCCCUCAGUCCCAGGUGGCCUCCUUCAGAGUCACGGGCGAUGCUCUGGGGCCGGCUGGACUUGGGGGGCACUUGGUGUUGAGGUCAUCAGCCCCCCAAACCCCGAGGGUGCGGAGUCCCCUGCACCGGUCACCGGCCUCACAUGUGUUUCUGGAGAAGCGUGUUCUGUGCAGGAGGCUGUGGGGACGUUCCUCUUAACCAGAAAGCACUCUGAAGAGCCGUGAGGACACGCUGACCAGCAGCCUGGGCGAUGCCUGCUGCAGGCAGGAGCUGUGGCUGCCGCGGGGCUCCCAGGGCCCGGACCUCGGGAGAGGGAGGGCACGGAGUAAGCGCCACGCUGUCUGCGGGGCUGAGCUGUGCCUUCAGUCACCAGAGCUCACUGCUCGGACGCUCGCCACAGCCCGCGGCCUCUACUGCGCGGCGGGCUGGAUUCUCGCGGUCACACCCUGCUCGGGCGGCCUGAUGGUCUGCCCUGGGGCUGCCUGGUCCCGUCCUGGCGCCUGCCUCCCUGGGAAGUGCGUUCUGGGUGGAGGUGCCAGCCUGGGCCCGCUCACGGCGGGCACCGCGCGCAGAGGCCCUGGAAGCAGCCUGCAGCCCCUCAUUCCCUGGGGCCCCAGGUGGGCGAUCCCGGGAGGCCUGUGGCCCCCCACGCCCCUGCCGGCUGUGGUCAGCCGGGAUUUCCAGGAUGGGCAUCCUCAUCCCGGUGGUGCUGUGCUCCCAGGACAGUGCCGUCGGGUCAAAGGCAGCACUGCAGUUUGAGGGAAUGGACACCAGGUGAGCGGGGAGGGGCCGGUCAGGCUGGGGCACAGGGCUGACCAACAGCAGAGUCAGCCUCCAUCUCUGCUGCUGGCCCAGCAGAGGGUCCCUGACCUGCGGAGGAGCCCCCCUCUCCUAACCGGCCCCAGCCCCACCCAGGGGGCCUCGUAACCUGCCGGCUCCUCCACUCGUGCCUCUGUCCAUCUGCACCAGACCCAGCCGUCCCUGCAGGCCCCGGCAGUAGGGCCACCACACUGCUUGGAGGAAGUCAGCUUUCCAGCGCCCGGCCUGCCCGGCGCCGUGACUCCCCAGGAAGGUGUGUGGGGCAUGGGCGGCUGGAGCCUGCGAGAGGCCGCCUCUGUGGACGGAGAGGGGACAUGUCCCUGUCCACCCUCCCUGUCCCCACCAAGGAAGGGUCGCGAUUGGUGAUUGGCCGCACUCAGGGCCUUCAGAUAGGAGUCCUUGGACACCACACUCAGGAACCAGGACUUUCUGGAGCUUAGGAAUCGAAACGAUGUGGCGAGAGGCGGUGGGGGAGGAGAGGCCCUGAGCCAGUGGGCUGGCCAUCCUUGUGGCCUGAGCUGCCCACUCGGCACUGUGUCCACAUGCCCCGUGCUCCCCUCCUUGCCCCUGCUGUGGCCCUUCCGUGGCCUUCAAGGGGGCACCCGGGGCGUCAGGCUGGGGGAGCGCAGCCCAGACAGAGGCGCCCGCACCCUGGACAGAGCCUGGAGUCUCGGCUCCUGGGUCAAGUGUGAGGACGAGGUUGUAAUGGACGCCCUGGCCUCCCCCGGCGUGAGCUGCUGAAGCAGUGGGUCGGGGGCACGAGCCCACCGCCUUUUCACCGAGGGCUGAAGUUCUCCAGGCUCAGGCACGGGUGGUGAGGGUCCCUCCUGAGGGUCUCUUGGGCCUGCCCCUGUGCCGCCCUGCCGCGCCCCUAGAGCUGGUGAUGCGUACCGGGGGCGGGGCCCCGGCUUUGUGACACGUCUUGGGUGUCCAUUUAGUGUUGCCAGGAGACCCGGCUCCCCUCACGUGGGCUUGGGCUGAGCGAGAGGCACUUUGCGUUCCCACUCAUCCAGGACCUGCGAAUCGUGAGAGGAGUGAGGAGAGUGUGUUCUGGCUGCGCGUCCGGCUGCGGGGAAGGCGGGUGCUUCGCCCCUCUGUCUGCUCUGCCCCUCCGUCUGCAGGGAGUCCAGGACCACGUGGGACGCGGGGCUAAUUUCCUGAGCCCAACACCAGCGGUCUGCCCUGUAGUGAAGCCAGAAUGACCCAGGGGAGGUGGCGCCAGGACAGGGCACGGAGGGAGAAGGCGGCUGUUACCAGGGUGGGCAGGGGCAGAAGAUGGCCCCAGGGCCCCGGCCCAGGAAGUAGCCUGGAAAACACCGAGCAGUGAGGAACGAGCCCAGAAACCUGAGGGUGUGCAGCUGUGGUCCUCUUGUUCAGAACAACCCAGCUGAUCCCGACGUCCCAGCGCGGGGCCUGGAGAGGAAGGACUUUGGCCACGGUUGCCAGAUGGCGUUCUGGGCCAGGAUCUCGAGGCUUCUCCUGCCAGGAACCGCGUCCAGGAGGAGCACAAAGACUGUGCCCCCCCAGCGGUCCAGGGUGAGUGGCUGGUCGCAGCCCGUCCACUACUUGCAGAUCGUGGCCUGGAUCGUGUUCCUCAUUCUGGUCUUCACCACCUUUGGCAUCUUCAUUCCCCUCCUGCCACCCGAGUGGAGAUACAUUGCCUACAGUGUGACCGGCGGGAUUUGCCUCUUCCACCUCUUGGUCCACCUGAUUGUUCUUUCCAUCGAUCCGGCCGACGCCAACGUCCGCCUCAAGAACUACUCACGGACUGUGCCGACCUUCGACCGGUCCAAACACGCACACGUCAUCCAGAGGCAGUACUGUCACCUGUGCGAGGUCGCCGUGACUGUGAAAGCCAAGCAUUGUAGCACCUGCAACAAGUGUGUCUCAGGCUUCGACCAUCACUGCAAGUGGCUUAACAACUGCGUGGGGAGCAGGAAUUACUGGUACUUCUUCACCUCAGUGGCCUCAGCUGCUGCCGGACUGCUGUGCAUGGUCGCCACGCUGCUGUACAUCUUCACCCAGUACUUCAUCAACCCCGCCGGGCUGCGCACCGACCCACACUACAGGAGUAUCUCCGACCAGAACACGUGGCUCCUGCUCCUUCCGCUUUUCCCCGUGAGGACGAGCACGCCGGUCUUCCUGGGCAUCGGGGCGCUGACGCUGCUGCUUGAGCUCGUCAGCCUGCUGUUGCUCGGCCACCUGCUCCUUUUCCACCUCUACUUGAGGGCCAAGAAGUUGAGCACAUUUGAGUACAUAAUGCAAAACGACAAACAGCGGAGCUCGAAGCCCCUGGCAGUGAAGAGAGAUGUGACCCCACAAAGAAAAGGGUUGUCACAGCAGCUGGAUAACCACCUGAGAUCACCUGUGCAGGGCAGCAAGAAGCCCAAGGAGUUCCUGCCAACUUCCAUGCACCUGAGUCUGUGCUCCGCCACCGUAAAGCCAGAGGACACGUCGUCAUCAAAGCAACCAGUUGCCAGCCUGAGUUCAUCUGUACAGAGCGUGAAGCUCACAGAACAGGACCCCACCAUCAACAUCCCAGGCGAGAGCUCCUCGGGGCUGCAGGAACUGGAUGGCACCCUGCGUUCAUCCACAGUGGGAGCAAAGUGGAAGAAGUUCCUGCUGCCACCGUCCAGGUGCUCAAGUGUGACCUCCCUCAGGACCUUCCGCCCAGAGAGCUCCCUGAAACUCCAGGAUGCAAAGGAUCGACGAGACGUAAGGCAGCAUAUGGAGGGAGACGUGGCUGAAAACCAAAGCUCAGCUUCAGGAGCCCAGGGACCUGCGCUGACUGAGAGCCCCUUGCAGGGCUCCUUCUCUGCCAGUAGGCUGCCUGUGGAGUCGGUCCCGGAAACCCAUGCUCUCCUGUCCUCUCUGCGUGGCCAAAGAAAGGACACGUGGUCCCAGAAGCACUGGGACGUCCUCCCCAGUAGCCAGAAGCCCUGGAGCUUGGAGUCCACGGUCAUCAACAUCUCCGGGAGUUGCCAGGAGGUGCCCCAUGUGUGGGCAGUGGCGCCGUACACCCAGGUGCCCAAGGGCCUGCCCGUCAUCGAGGAAGAAGAGUAUGGGAUGAAGGUGACCCCUGUCGUCAGCGUGGAGGAGGGCUGCAGCCCCGAGGAGGCCACUGAGCCCGGCAGCUCCACCAAGGUCACCAUGAUCAUAGAGACUGAGGACCCGGAGCCCGAGGACCGGGCUGCUCAGCCUGAAUAGAGCAAGCGUGUCCCCCAGGGCCCCAGGACGCCCCUCCCUCCAGAGCUGCUCACACAGCCUGGCCUCAUUUCCAAUUCUAGGAGGAGACCUGGGCCCUGUGGUCCACCUUCAGAUCCCGCACUCCAUCUUCAGACCCCGCACUCCAUCUUCAGACCCCGCCGUCCACCGUCAGACCCCACACCCUCCGUGAGAGUCAGGAGGGAAGAGGGAGCACAUGAGCCCCUCUGCUGCUGGCUGCGUGGGAAGAGCUUUAUGAUCUCUGCACUUCACUCACUCUAGAAGCCAUAUUCUAAAGACUCGCAUACUUUUCUAAACACGUCUAAGUGUUAUUCCAGGAAGGAAGAGGAUUCAAGAUGGAGUGGGUGCCAUGUUUUUACUCUGUUGACUAUUAAUGUUUUUAACUGUAUGAAUUUAA